UGAGGGCUCACGCCUGCCAUUGAUAUGGCGCACGCCCAUCGACCGCCUCCACGCGACUACUGUGUGCCCGCUGCACGACCGCCGCGACGUCGUACACCUCCCCCCUCCCCAUUCCUAUAUCUACUUACAUACAUCUCCAUGCGCCAUGGCUGCAGUUCCCUGUCGCGUCCCAGAGACUAUCAGACAACUGUCCUGUCCUUUUCAACAGUCAUUUUCUCAUUCAAAACCUACAGACAGAUUUUUUAAACGUAUCGCUGAAUAUCGGCUGUAGAAUCAUACUGCGGAAUCGGUGCUGAAUUUUGGAGUUGAAAAUCGAGUCAAUGAAGGCGCUGCUGCCGCUGGUGCACCUCCUGGUGCCGCUCAUCCUGCACUGGAUUGCGGAGGAGAUGACGGUUUCUGUGCUGGUGGAUGUCACUACUAAUGCUCUAUGUCCCGGCGAAACCACGUGCCCCGAAGCCAUUUACAUCAGCGGCAUCCAACAGACUAUCUCAGGAAUAUUCAAGAUGAUAGUUCUUCCACUCUUAGGUCAGCUGGCUGAUGAGUAUGGGCGCAAACCCUUGCUUCUUAUUACCCUACCGACUAGUGUGGUUCCUUUUGCUAUACUUGUCAUCAGUAAAAGUAGAGGAGCUGUAUAUGUGCACUAUGUUUUCUCGAUUAUUUCUAGAAUAAUGAGCCAGGGAACCAUUUUCCUGAUCUCUGUUUCUUAUGCUGCGGAUGUUGUUGACGACAGUAAGAGGGCUGCUGCCUUUAGUUGGAUCACAGGCCUGAACUCUGCGUCUCACAUUCUAGGCGAUAUGCUGGCACGAUUUCUUCCUUCAGCUUACAUAUUUCAGGUGUCAAUAGUUCUUUUGAUUCUUGGUCCGGUUUAUCUAGCUCUGUUUCUGAAGGAAACAAUAAAGCCAACACACACACCGUAUCAGAAUAUCCCUUUCGUGAGAAAAGUAUUUAAAAUUGUGCAAGAACGAUAUUACUCAAUGAAACACGCUGCACAAAUUGUUAUGAGCAGCUCGACUCUUAAGUCCAUCUCUCUCGUUUCCUUCUUCUACGAACUGGGGAUGUCUGCCAUCAGCAGUGUUCUAUUGUACUAUUUGAAGUCGGCUUUUGGUUUCAACAAAAAUCAGUUUUCUGAACUCUUGAUGUUGGUCGGGGUUGGCUCAAUUUUUUCUCAGAUGCUGCUGGUUCCAUUAGUCAAUCCAUUGGUUGGAGAGAAAGUGAUUCUGUGUGUAGCCUUGCUUGGAUCGGUUGCAUAUGGACUGCUUUAUGGUUUUGCCUGGGCUCCAUGGGUGCCGUAUUUGAGUGCUUCCUUUGGAGUUGUGUAUGUACUUGUGAAACCUUCUACUUACGCAGUGAUAUCUUUGGCGUCGAGCUCUGCGAAUCAGGGGAAAGCACAAGGGUUCAUAGCUGGUGUCCAAGCUGUUGCGAGCUUUCUCUCGCCGAUUGCUAUGAGCCCAUUAACAAAUUGGUUCCUGUCGAGCGACGCCCCCUUUGAGUGCAAGGGUUUCAGCAUCAUACUGGCAUCUAUAAGCUUGGUGGUAUCGCUGGUGUUGGCAUGGACGUUGAAACUGGAAAAGGCACCGGCCAUGGAUGACGAGGAGGAGGAUGCAAUUGCAGAUGCGGAGACGCCCCUUCUAUCCUAACUAGAACCAAGGCUAUCACUAGCACUAGCACUAGCACUAGAAAGAGCCAAGAGGACCAGCAGCAGCCAACCCAUCGUAUCGUAUCAUAUAUAUGUAUGAUAAGAGUUUGUGUUUUUGUUUGGCAAAAAACUUAAGCAUAUUAUUAUCAUUAGAUGAGACGAGCAGAGCAGAGCAGAGCAGAGCAGAGGUAUUAUGGGAUUCAAGUAUAAUUACUUAGUUAUUAAUUGGAUUUUAUUUUAUCCUGAAGCUGAAUGAAUAAAUGUAUGUAUGUAUACAGUUGGUUGCUCUAUUUCAACUAAUAAAUAAAAUGUUAGGAUUGAUGUA